AUGGUAAUUUCGCGUGGGGACGCUAAUCUCCUAACGGAUCGGGCACUCCAAUCUGGUCAGCGACCCGUGAAUUUAAAUUCUAGAUGUUUUAUGGGACAUGAGGUAUACGAGCAAGCAGGUCACUUUAAACAACCGCCACCCAUGGACUCCAGCAACGCCGGCGGCUACCGACCUUUCAGGGUGAUGGACUCAAAGCAUUGA